AUGCGGCUCCUCAGCUCCCUUCAGAUUUUGGAGGGGCUCCCACCAGAAGGUUCUUCACGCCCGCCAGUAUGGUGGAGGACCCCCAGAACAGAAGUACUGCAUCAGUCGUACAACACCCUCACAAGUCGAGCCGGGCCUCGGGCGGUUUGUUGCCUUAGGCGGCGGUCCUGCUCAGGGCGAUGCAGGAGGCAACGGCAGCCGUUGCCUGUCUUCGGGCGGGCUGCCCCCCCCCCGCGCGGCCGCCAGCCGCGGACAGGCCCCCAGGGCCCGCCGGCAGCUCGGCGCGGCCGCUGGCGGUGGUGCCGUGGGGCGCGCGCUCUGCGCGCCAGGAGGGCCCGCCUCCGGCUGGCUUCCCGCCGCGGAGGGGACGCGCGAGGGCACUGCGGAUCCCGCCGCCCCUCGCUUGAGGGGACCGCACGCUCACGUGGUUGGACCCGGCCUAUAGCUGGCGGGCGGGGGCGCGCGUGCGGCCCGGCCCGCUCCGGUCCGGUCCGGUCCGCCUCGCCUCGGCUACGGCUCGGCGCCGGCAGCGCGGGCGGAUGCCCGCUUGGGAGGCAGGGGCGCGGCGGCAUGCCCGGGAGGGCGGGAGCUGCGGCCGCUGAGGCAGCAGGUCUCCCUGACUUCUCCUUUCACACAUUGAGACUGGUUGCCUCAGAGUUGCUGCCCUACCCAAUCUUCGCUGCGGUGCAUGUUGGACCUCUUGUCAUCUUAAGCAUCUUGGCUUUCAUCUUCUGUGGAAGGGGAGGGAAGUGCACAAAGAAGUGCCUUUCUCUCAGAAAGAGGCAAGUACCCCCAGCAACAAAGGAGCUUCCUGGGGCUGAUGCGCUGCGCGGCCGAGAGCAGCCCGGCGGAGGCACUACCCAGCAGACCGCGCUGAGCCGCCCCUCGGACCACGGCAAGCCGAAGGACAGCUCCUCCCGCCGGCAGCCGCCCCGGACCUCCGGGCGUGCACCGCGCCCCAGCGGGGCGGUGCCCGGCGCGCUCCUCCCGGCGCUGCGGGCGGGGAGCGGGGGGGGGGGGGGGGGGUGCGCCGCCCUCCCGGUCCCGGCGGCGCUUCGGGUUCACGCACUGCCCCUGUCCCCGCGCUUCCCCGGCCGCUGCGGAGCGCGGGGAGUAGCUGCGCCCUGCGCUCGGUCCCGCAGAUCUUUAGACCCUCAGGCGUAGACAGCCAGGGACCACCCCCACACCCAUGUACAGACUGGAGGUGCCAGCUAAGGUGAGCACCAACUACAUCCUACCCCAAAACACCUAAGACAUCCUCAAACCCCGCCUCAGUGCUCCCAAACCAACUCUAAAACAGUGAGACUAGGCUGGGUAGAUUUGUUUCUUUUGCAGGGUAAUCAUCUGAGGACCAAAAACUUGGAAGAGAAGCAGUGUGACCUGAUUUGUUCAUGUCAGUGACGUUUUUCUAAGGAACACUUCCACUUGCCCUGGCCCGGGAAGGUAAGGAAAAAAAAUGUGCUUUGAAACCAACAGCAGCUUCUGGAUUCAUUAGUCAGCUCUCUCCAAGAAUCACACCUGCUCUGGUGGGGCACCAUCAGUCUUUUGAGUAUGGAAGAAGCAGGCAGGGUGCGAGGAAGGAUGGAGGCUGCAAACGGAAGCACCAAGGGUGUCUGCAAGAUGGUCCGUGCAGUCUCACUGCGCUUGGGCCUGUUUGUCAGCUCUGUGGAGCAGACUGCCCGUCCCCAGGACACCACGCAGGAGCAGUGGGUGUGGAGGUAGCAUAUGGUGUGACUCAGGGGGUGAGGGCGUUCCUACGCAUGUGUGAGCGAGCAGAGCUCUUCGGAGCACUCGCGUAACUGUCCGAUGGUUCCACAGCCAGCAAGCGCUGGUCUGUGCCCUGCAGCGUGACAUGCUCGCGGCUGCCGUCGCUCGAUCGGAGUCUGGCGGGGGUCGCAGCCUGUGCCUUCACGCAUGUGCAGCGUGCUCAUGGGUGCCCUCGCACCAUGAGAGGUCGGUGCUGCGGGCGAUAGGAUUACGCGUGCAAGUUUUCGUUGAGUGUGCCCGCUGUUGCCCUCUCCCGUUGCGCUGUAGUACUGCGGGCCGCUGCAUCGCGCAUGCAGCGUGUCAUCUGUAUGGCCCACUCUUUCCGCCACGUGAUUUUUACACAGCGCGGCAGGCAGGCAGCGCGAGUGGCUGCGCUCCCCGCAGCCUUUCCGCCGGUACACCGAGUACCGCAGCCAGCCAGCGUACGCAUGUGCGCAGCGGCCUGCGGCGCGCCGCUACUCUCGCGUGACGACGGCCUAGUAGCGUAGCUGCCGGCAGGACGCAUGCGCGUUGCGGCCGGCCCUGCAGGGACUGCCGCCAUCAGACUCCCGCAUGCGUAGUGCAGCAUCCGGGAUCCGGCGUGCACGUUGCUGCUCGGCGCGUUUGAUCAAGUCGCGCGGUGUUUCGGUAGCGGGUAAGGUAGCGCUGAUGCUCGUCACCCGGUCCUGGGGCUUAGAGUGACCGUCAGCAUAGCCAGUCUGUGUUGGCCGGCGUUCCUCCGUGUCGCCGGGCGCUGCGGCCCCCUGCCGCUGCUCGGCGGCGAGCGCGGCCGGCGUCGGCUUCCCGCCGGGGUCUGCUGCCCCCUGCUGCCGCCGGUGAGCAGCGGAGGCUGCCCUGCGCAUGCGCGAGCGGCCCGGCCGCAGUACCGCCCCGCGCUCGCCGGGGACCGUCUGCAGCGCCGCUUGUGCCGGGGGCCGCAUGGCGGCGCGCGGCACCGCGCUCCCCGGGCCGGUGGCAGCGGCGCACGCCGCUCGGCAACCCUUGUGCUCACGACGUUUGGAAGUGCCUUGGUGGAAAUCUGUGCUUUGCUACUUCAGAAGAAACCGGCUUAGGCCGCGUCCUGCUGUCCACGUGCAGCUAUGUGACUUUUAUUACUCACGAGGUACAGAAGCCUGGUUUUGUGCUGGCUUGUGAAAGUUUAGAGUUCUUUGUGGGUAUUUUAGCGCAUUUGCCUGUGGCCUUAGGGCUGCCUCUUGGUCCCUUCUUUUUUGGUAGUAACAGGCAAUUUUCCUAAUCGUGCGACGCCAACAAAAAAAGGAAUGUAAACAGCGCUCACAGUGUGAAUCAUCACAUUGACGUUCAUAGCUUAUAUGUGCUGCGCUUUUAGAGGAAAUGAACUAAUAUGUUUAGUCCAUUCCUUUUUAAACAGUUGUAUGUUUGUCUUUGACAGUGAUGAGCUUUGAAAAUAACAAUGUGUGUCCUAUAGUAUUAUCAGUACUGAAAAUUUUGCAGGUGUUCCCUGUAAGCUUCUUUGGUACUGAAUUACACACACAUUUAAAAACUGUCAGCAAACCAUUUUGUGGAGAAGGAAAAAACACAUACCAAAGAAACAUACCUAUGUGUGAAUUUCUCAGACUGGGCAGCUUGCUGUUGUUAUAGACAAAUCCUUAGAUAAUCACUUGAGCCAUACAUCAUCACACACUGCAGUCAUCUGGAAAUAAUAGAGUUGUUCUUCACAAAAUUCUUUUUGUGAGGAAUUACAAGCAAAGUUUUCUGUAUCUUAUUAAAGCAAGUCAACUGCAAAUACAAAUAAAUACGUACUUUUAUACCAGUACUUUAAAAUGUAGAAUAAUGAAAUACAUGUAGUUGACUAGAGAUGACUAUUUGGAAGAAGUCAGAAGGGAAACCUGACCUUUUUUAAGUAUUCAUCCUUGUGCUAUAUACACCAUCUAGAAACUGGAUACAGGAAAAUUAUAUUGUAGCAAGACUACAGUACGGUAAUGUGCUGGAUUCACAAAAUACAUAGAAGCAAACUAAAUAGAUUGUCAAGAUUCAUUUUGGUAUUUGGUAAAGUUCUGUGUGAACUUAUGCAAGAAUAUAAUUUUUAAUGUGAAUGCCAUUAUGUUCUCACAAUUAUUUUAUCCUGGGGAAUAAUAGAUUAAAAUUGUUUUUACAGUUAGGAUCUGUAAUUUAACUGAAUGUAUGCUAAUUACAGGUAGAUCCCAAGCUGCAUGUUACAGGCUUAUUAUUAGUCUUUGAAUAGCAGAUUAUUAAAGACUUACUUGUUUGGUUCUAUAUUACCAUUUAGAGUAUCCUAGUAUUAAAUAUAGGUGGUAAUAUUAUUACUGUCACACUAUGCUUACGUAACUGUGGUCAUCGUCAGACCCUAAAUAAAUAUGGAAUUUAUACUAAUAUUCGUUUAUGGAAGCCAUUAACGUUUUGAGUGUACAGAUAGAAAGGAUUUUGUGAAUGAAAUUGUCCUUAAUAGAAAAUAUAUUGUUUGUAAUGCAUACUCAUUUAAUUUAGUGAACUGUUUAAAGUUGUUAACUCUUUUCUAUACUAUAGCAUUUCUGCGAUGGUUUACAGAAAUCAUGGAAUUAUUUUUAUUACCAACAUGGAAAAAAAAUUUUUAUCUUUA